GCCUGGCAGGAUGCUGGACUGGCCCUGUCCACAACCAGCAAUGAAGCCUGUAAGCUGUUUGAUGCUGCUCUGAUGCAGUAUGCAACCUGGGCCAAUAAUGAGAGCCUUGGAGGGAUUGAGGGAUGUCUCUCCAAGUUGAAAGCAGCAGAUCCACAUUUUACCAUGGGACACGUCAUUGCCAAUGGGCUGGAGCUGAUUGGCACUGGGAGCUCAGUGAGGCUCAACAAAGAGCUGGACAGUGCAAUGAGAAUGAUGCUGACCCUUUCCAAGUCCCAGCCACUGACUGAGAGGGAGAAGCUCCACGUGGCAGCCUUGGACAUGUUUGCCCGUGGCCAGCUUCCAAAAGCUUGUGAUCUGUGGGAACAGAUUCUGCAGAGCCACCCAACUGACCUGCUAGCCCUCAAGUUUUCCCAGGACACUUACUUCUACCUGGGGUAUCACACACAGAUGAGGGAUUCUGUUGCCCGGGUUUAUCCUUUCUGGACCCCUGAUGUUCCACUGAGCAGCUAUGUGAAGGGCUAUUACUCUUUUGGACUCAUGGAAACAAACUUUUUUGACCGUGCUGAGGAGCUUGCCCGUGAGGCUUUGGCCAUAAACCCAACAGAUGCCUGGUCUGUUCACACUGUAGCUCAUGUAAAGGAAAUGAAAGCAGAGGUGAAUAAAGGGUUAGAAUUCAUGAAGGAAAUGGAAAGCAACUGGAAGAACAGUGAUAUGCUUGCUUGCCAUAAUUACUGGCACUGGGCUUUAUAUUUUAUUGAAAAGGGUGAAUAUGAGGCUGCUUUGACAAUUUAUGACAACCAUAUUGCUCCCCGCUGUCUGUCCAGUGGAAGCAUGCUGGAUGUGGUAGAUAACUGUUCCAUGCUCUACAGGCUUCAUCUGGAAGGUGUCAAGCUUGGAGACAGGUGGAAGAAUGUUCUGAAGCUUACAAAGAAGCACAGUAAAGAUCACAUCCUCCUGUUCAAUGAUGUGCACAUCCUGAUGUCCUCCCUGGGAGCCAAAGACCUCAAAACAACAGAGGAGCUUCUAACAACCCUGAGGGAACUUGCCAAGUAA